GUGUCACUCCAGAACGGUGCACGUGCAGUAACCUGUCUCUGAAUGCUAAAGGUGAGAAAAGGGACCGUCUUCUCACAGCAUGGAUCCCAGUUUUUGUUAUGUUGAUUCGCCUAGGCUGCCUGAGAAGCAGCCGUGUAUUUUUGGCGUGUGACAUUAAAGCUCGUCUUAUACGACGUGGAAGCGGCCACCCCACACACGCGUGCAGCAGCAGUCGGAGCGGACCGGACUGGUUUUAAUCUCUGCAGAGCGAUCACACUAAGGAUGAAAAGGAUUUUUUAACACGGACAAGAACGCCUUUUGUGAGCCGUGAGAGGAGGGGAGUUGUGCACAUUCAGUGGUGAAGCUUUGUCGCUCCAUCAUGACCAAAGAGGAGGAAAUCCCAGACUGGGUUGGAGCCAAGGAGUUCUAUGAUAAGUAUGAGCCCAAAGAGAUCCUGGGCAGGGGAGUAAGCAGUGUGGUGCGCCGCUGUUUGGACAAGCGGACGUCUCAAGAGUAUGCGGUGAAGAUCAUCGACAUCACCCCCUCUGACAAGAUGAGCCCACAGCAGAUCGAGGAGAUCCGGGAGGCAACGGUGAAGGAGAUCUACAUCCUGAAGAAGGUUUGCGGGCAGGAGAACAUCAUACAGCUCAAAGACAGUUAUGAGUCGAAGUCCUUUUACUUCCUGGUUUUUGACCUAAUGAGAAAAGGUGAACUUUUUGACUACCUCACAGAGAAAGUUACUCUGAGUGAGAAGGAAACCAGAAAGAUCAUGCGAGCUUUGCUGGAGGUGGUCCAGUUUCUUCACGCCCAGAACAUUGUCCACAGAGACCUAAAGCCUGAGAACAUCCUCUUAGAUGACAACAUGAACAUCAAACUCACAGAUUUUGGAUUUGCAGUGCAAAUCGAGCCAGGACAGACGCUCAGAGAGGUGUACGGGACGCCCGUUUACCUCGCCCCUGAGAUUAUCGAGUGCUCCAUGGAUGCCAGUCACGCGGGCUAUUGGACAGCUGUGGACAUAUGGAGUUCGGGUGUUAUCAUGUAUACGCUGCUCGCGGGCUCUCCUCCCUUCUGGCACAGAAAACAGAUGCUGAUGCUGCGCAUGAUUUUAGCAGGAAACUACGACUUCUCUUCUCCUGAGUGGGAGGACCGUUCAGACACCGUCAAAGAUUUGAUCUCACGCAUGUUGGUGGUGGAUCCAAGUAGGCGUUUCACUGCUGCUGAUGCUCUCAACCACCCCUUCUUCUCACAAUAUGUAGUGAACGAAGUCCGACAGUUUAGUCCAUACAGGCGAUUUAAGGUUAUCUGCAUAACAGUGCUCGCCACCAUGCGCAUCUACUGCAACUACCGCCGUGCCAAACCCGUCACCAAGGAGGUGAUCCAGAGCGACCCGUACGCCGUCAAGCCCAUCCGCAAGCUCAUCGACGCCUGCGCAUUUAAAAUCUACGGCCACUGGGUCAAGAAGGGCCAAACUCAGAACAGAGCGGCGCUUUUUGAGAACGCUCCAAAGGCCAUUCUGCUGUCGUUAGCUGCUGAAGCGGACAAGCAGGGCCAACAAAGUUGGUAAAAGGCCGACAGGACUGAAAUACAACUACACGCUCAUUUUAAAAAACUCAAAAGAAAUUAGCUUAAGCAUGUUGUGCCCAAAGUUUUGACUCUAAAAUUUAGAAUCAACAUAUAUAUAUAUGGUGCUAUAGUGGGGAUGCUUUUGAUUUUUGGCUUGUUUCCUGCUCUUCAUCUGUUCCAACAGCUGAUAAAGAAAUGUCCCCUUGCUUCAAACAAGAAAGGCCUCAAGACGCUGUUAUCUUAAGAUCUGUUUUCCAUGUCAUUUUAGAGACAUAUUUUUUUUAACAAUGUCUUUUUGUCUUAUGAAUGUCAUAACUGAAGUGUUGAAAGCAAAACCAGAUCAUGGGUUCAGGUGACUUGGAUAUUACAAACAGAACAGUGAGCGUAAUUCUCCUGGGUGAACUUUACAGCCCUAACAAAAACAGAAAACUUCCCUUAAACCUGAGCACUUUCAAUGUUUUACUAAUAAUGUCAAUAUUAAAAAUCUAUCUUGUAUUUUA